AUGAAAGACGAUCGCUACAAGAGAAUUCCAGGAGACUUAACGUUGACAUCUCCUUUGUUAAUUGUCCUGCAAGAAACUAACGGUAAAUUUGGACCAAUUGUAGAGAAAAAUAUGUACAGAGCCAAUAAUAUUGCAGUUUUUGCGUCAAAAUCCGGUAAAUUAUCAUCAGAACUUGUCAUUAAAUGGUAUAAAAACGUUUUUCUACCAACAACCGAGGAAAACUCUGUUCUUUUGUUGGACUCUUGGUCAGGGCAAACCAAAAAGACAUUUGACAAUUUAGAUCGAGGAAAUAAGAACGUCGACAUUUGUAUGAUUCCUGCUGGAACUACUGAAAGAAGAAGUGAAGUAGAAAAAGGAAACGGACAAGAUGCAGUUCAAAUAGAAAGUGAAGUUGAAGGAGAAAGAGAUGAUAAUGGCGAAAGGGUUAGUUACGAACCGAAUAGAAACGGAAAUUCUAAUGAAAGGAGUCGAAAGAAAUUGCGCACUUCCUUGCCAAAAAUAUCAAUUCGACUACCAUCUAAUAUUUUAAGUCCAACAGGUUUGACUGAUGACCGAUACUUGGAGAGAUACUUGGAGAGUAUCAAGGAACUACCGUCUCACGAAACAUUUGACCACGUUAGUUCAAAAGGGGCUAAGAUAAAGUGCAUUCACAUAUACAGUGGAUAUUUUAUAACUGUUCAAUCCUGGGAUCUAAUUACUGUUCAAAAACAUCAUUCCAAGUUUGUGAAAUAUUUAGCCGAAUCUUUGUGGCGUGAUUAUGUGCUGGCCAAUUCAAACGUAGGAGAGGGUACAAAUAGAAGGCCGUUCACCUCGUAAACUACUGUCUUCUUUAAAAAAAGCAGCUUUAAUUAAAUGUUUCGAAGACAGACUGGAACAAAUGAAGAAGUCUUACGUUACACGUGAGCUGGAACUGCGGAAUAUUGGAAAAUAUCUGGGCCAACACAUAGAUAAUCUUCGAAGAAGACUAUAUCCAGAAAGUGUGCAGAGUAAGUUUCAAACUCAAAGUUUUUACCCUUCUUACCAU